UUCUUGUCGGCUCUCUCUCUCUCUCUCUCUCUCUCUCUGUAUUUCACCACAACCAUCUCCUCGCGUGUAAAACGGUACCUCCUCCAGUCCUCCUCUUUUCAAUACCAAUGGUGCUGGGAGCUUACUCAUCCUAACCAAGCUAGAUAUGUUACCUUUGAUGAUUGAACAUUGAGGGCCCUAUUUUUUUUUUUCCGAAAAGGGCACCAAAUAGAGGAACAAAAGGGGAAAAAGGCUGAGGGGCAACAAAAAUGGUGGUUACCAGUUCUAAUCCCCACAACAAGGAGAUUGUCGUCAGGAAGAGGAUUGCGAGCAUAUUCAAUAAACGGGAAGAGGAUUUUCCGUCCUUGAAAGAAUACAAUGAUUACUUGGAGGAAGUGGAGGACAUGACAUUUAACUUGAUCGAUGGAAUAGAUGUCCCUGCUAUUGAAGCAAAAAUUGCAAAGUAUCAGGAAGAAAAUGCUGAACAAAUAAUGAUUAAUAGAGCCCGUAAGGCUGAAGAGCUUGCUGCAGCUCUAGCAGCAAGCAAGGGACAUCCUGCACAGAAUGAUACUGAUGCGGCUCUGAGCCAAGGCUCUCAAGCAGGAUUUGGUACUGGUACACAGGGGCAGUAUGCCCCUACAGUUGCAGGACAACCACGACCAACUGGCAUGGGUCCACAACCACUACCACUUGGAGGGGGGCAUGAUAUGCAUGGAUAUGCUGUUGACGAUGAAGAAAUGAUAAAGCUCCGAGCAGAGAGAGGUGGUAGGGCAGGAGGGUGGAGUGUAGAGAUAAGCAGGAAGAGGGCACUCGAAGAAGCCUUCAGUAGCAUUUGGGUUUCGUAGGAUCAUAGUGUUAUUAAACUCUGUAAUGUAAUAUAUGGCCUUUCAUGUAAGAGCAGCAACCUGUGUUCUUUCUUAUAUCUAAAAGAAGUUUCAGAUUGUUGGCUGUGGGGUGAGGGAUAACAAAUGAGGAUAAAGAUAUUAUGUAUCAGUACAAAAUCCAGAUUUUUGGCUGAGUUCUAUAAGUAAUUAUAUUUUUGGAUGUUCAUGUAUUUUUGAGGUACUACAAUAAAUUAAUGAAGCAGAUACUUUCUCA